AUGCAGGAACCACUUCUGCAGAAACUAGUACCCUUGGCACCACUUUUAAACUACUACUGGCACCACUUUUGUAGAAACUACUACUCUUGGCACCACUUCUGCAGAGACUACUACCCUUGCACCACUUCUGCAGAAACUACUACCGUUGGCACCACUUCUGCAGAAACUACUACCCUGGGCAAAACUUCUGUAGAAACUAGUACACUUCGCACCACUCCUUCAGAAACUAGUACCCUUGGCAGCACUUCUGCAGAAACUAGUAUCCUUGGCACCAUUUCUGUAGAAACUACUACCCUAGGCACAACUUCUGCAGGAUCCACGUCUGCAGAAACUACUACCCUUGGCAGCACUUAUGUAAAAUCUAUUACUCUGGGCACCACUUCUGCAGAAACUACUUCCCUUGGCACCACUUCUACAGAAACUAUAGAAACUAGUACCCUUGGAACCACUUCUGUAGAAACUAGUACCCUUGGAACCACUUCUGUAGAAACUACUACCCUGGGCACAACUUCUGCAGAAACUAGUACCCUUGGAACCUUUUCCGUAGAAUCUACUACCCUGGGCAUAACUUCUGCAGAAACUAGUACCCUUGAAACAACUUCUUUACAAUCUACUACCCUUGCCGCAACUUCUGCAGGACCCACUCCUGCAGACACUACUACCCUUGGUACCACUUCUGUAGAAAGUACUACCCUGGAGACCACAGCUGCAAGACUCACUUCUGAAGUAACUACUAACCUUGGCACCACUUCUGUAGAAACUACUACCCUGGGCAUGAAGUCUGCAGAAACUAGUACUCUUGGCACACCUUCUGCAGAAACUACUACCCUGGGCACAACUUCUGCAGAAACUACUACCCUUGGCAUUACUACUGUAGACUCUACAACCCUGGGCACCACUUCUGCAGAAACUAGUACUCUUGGCACACCUUCUUCAGAAACUAGUACCCUUGAAACCACUAAUUUACAAACUACUAAACUUGUCGCAACUUCUGCAGGAAACUACUACUCUGGAAUCCACUUCUGCAAGACCCACUUUUGGAGAAACCUCUACCCUGGGCAAAACGUCUGCAAAACUACUACCGUUGGCACCUCUUCUGUAGAAACUACUUCCCUUGGCACCACUUCUACAGAAACUACUACCGUUGGCACCUCUUCUGUAGAAACUACUUCCCUUGAAACUAUUUCUGCAGGACCCACUUCUCCAGAAACUACUUCCCUUGGCACCACUUCUACAGAAACUACUACCGUUGGCACCGCUUCUGUAGAAACUACUUCCCUUGAAACUAUUUCUGCAGGACCCACUUCUGCAGAAACUACUUCCCUUGGCACCACUUCUACAGAAACUACUACCGUUGGCACCGCUUCUGUAGAAACUACCAUGGAAACCACUUCUGCAGGACCCACUUCUGCAGAAUCUAGUACCAUUGGCACCACUUCUGUAGAAACUAGUACCCUUGAAACCACUUUUGCAGAAACUACUUCCCUGGGCACAACCUCUGCUGAAACGACUACCCUUGGCACCACUUCUGUAGAAAUUACUACUCUGGGCACAACUUCUGCAGAAGCUUCUACCCUUGGCACUACUACUGUAGAAUCUACAACCCUGGGCACCACUUCUGCUGAAACUAGUACCCUUGUAACAUUUUCUGUAGAAACUACUACCUUGGGCAUAAAGUCUGCAGAAACUAGUACUCUUGGCACACCUUCUGUAGAAACUACUACCCUGGAAACCACAGCUGUACGGCACAUUUCUGCAGAAACUACUACCCUGGGCACAACUUCUGCAGAAACUAGUACUCUUGGCACACCUUCAGAAACUAUUACCCUUGAAACCACUAAUUUACAAACUGCUACCCUUGUCGAAACUUCUGCAGGGCCCACUUCUGCAGAAACUACUCCCUUGGAAACCACUUCUGCAGAAACUACUAUCCUGGGCAAAAUGUCUGCAGAAACUACUGCCUUUGGCACCACUUUUAUAGAAAAUACUACCCUUGAAACCACUUCUGCAGGUUCCAGUUCUGCAGAAACUACCCUGCUCACCACUUCUGCAGAAACUUCUACCCUUGGCACUACAUCUGUUGAAUUUACCAUUCUGGGCACCACUUCUGUAGAAACUAGUACCAUUGGAACCACUUCUGUAGAAACUACUACCCUGGGCACAACUUCUGCAGAAACUAGUACCCUUGGAACCUUUUCUGUAGAAACUAGUUCCCUGGGCAUAACUUCUGCAGAAACUAGUACCCUUGAAACCAAUUCUUUACAAACUACUACCCUUGCCGCAACUUCUGCAGGAGCUACUACUCUGGGCACAAUUUCUGCAGAAACUACUACGCUUGGCAUUACUACUGUAGAAUCUACAACCCUCGGCACCACUUCUGCAGGAACUAGUACCCUUGGCACCACUUCUGUAGAAACUACUAGCCUGGGCACAAUUUCUGCAGAAACUACUACGCUUGGCAUUACUACUGUAGAAUCUACAACCCUCGGCACCACUUCUGCAGAAGCUAGUACCCUUGGAAACUUUUAUGUAGAAACUACUAGCAUUGAAACCACUUCUGUAGAAACUACUAUCCUGGGCACCACUUCUGCAGAAACUACUACCUUUGGCACCACUUCUGUAGAAUCUACUAUUCUUGGCACCACUUCUUUCUGCAGAAACUACCCUGCUCACCACUUCUGCAGAAACUUCUACCCUUGGCACUACAUCGGUUGA